AUGUGCUACUUCGACCACCAACUCUGGCCCUGCGGCUGGUGGAAGUGGGGCAACUUCCGCGAGCAGUGUCCCAAGGAGUACCGCACGGGCGAGACAUGCGGGCUCAAGCUGAUCUUCAACACCUACCUGGAGCCGGAGCCGUGCAAGAUGUGUGACCAGAUCGACAAGAAGCAGCGGCGGCUUAACAAGAUGAUGGAAGACGUGCGGCGCUGGCGCAACGAGGGCAACCGGCGCGCGACGAUCGAGAAGACGGAGACGGAGAUGAGGGCGUUGAAUUCGCAGAUUGGCACGAUGUGGGUUGAGCAUGAGGCGAGGAAGAAUGCGAUUAGUUAUUGA